AACCUUAAAAUUAAAAAAAAAUCGUUCUCUUCUCAUUUUGUUCUCAUACGUAUGUAUAAUGGGCUUUGCUUUAUAUUAUUUUGCAGUAUUUAGUGAUAGUGCUUUUUAUUUAAAAUUAAAUACCAUGGCAGACAGCUCAGAACAACACCUAGCAGGCACUUCCACUUCAAAAAAAAGUGAAGUUUGGACCUUUUUUUCCAGAAAAGCAAAUCUCUUUUCGGCUCCAUAUAAAAAACAAAAACCAGAAACAAGUUUCGAUAAUAUUUUGUUGUCAGAUGAAGAAUAUGUACCUGAAUUUGAAAGGUCAGUGUCUUCGGCUUCUGUAUCAACAUCAAGGCCACUUACGCCAGCCCAGUCAGAGUCUGACAUAUCGUCAGUUGCACUUGUUGAUGUUGAGGACAGUAGGAGUAGUAGUGUGGAUGUGGAAUUGGAUUUGUUAGCGAGUAGGGCACAAGCACAAUACUCUUUAAAUGCUCAAACUGCCCAGGACAGCAAUUUUAUACAUUUAGGCAAAAAAAAUGCCGCAGUUAUUUCCAGCCUACCAUCAAAAAUGCAUUUAAGGACCAACGGAGUUAUGAAUCUGGGGGAACCAGAGAAGCAAUAAUAACAAAUUCUUUAAUAUAUAUGAUAUGCAAGGAUAAUUUGCCCCUAAGUUGCACAGAAAAGGAAGGUUUUAAAAAGUUUUUAAAUACAACAGUCCCUUUAUACAAACCUCCAAGCAGAAAAAUGAUUACAUUAAUGAUUGAGCAGAAAUAUAUUUCACUUCAGGCAAUUAUCCAUAGGAAAUUAAAUAAUAUUGGAAUAAUUGCUCUCACCACUGAUAUAGCUACAGUUAUGAAUUCCACUAGAAGCUUCAUUGUUCUAACUGCUCACUAUAUUGAUGAUGAGAAUGCUACUUUUGAAUCAUUUUGCUUGGGCGUUAAAAAUUUAAUACCUCACCACACUGCAGAAAAUAUAUGCAGUGAUCUCACUGAAAUGAUUGAUGCAUGGGGUAUAAAAAAAGAUAAUAUAAUUUCAGUUACUACAGACAAUGGAGCUAACAUAGUUGCUGCAGUUAAUUUAUUAUUAGGGAAUAAAGGUCAUGUUUCAUGCUUUGCUCAUAAUAUUAACUUAGUUGUAACCAAAGCCCUUGGAGCUGUUCAGGAUGUUGUAGCUAUAAUUGAAAAAGUCAAACGUAUUGUGGCAUAUUUUAAACACAGCAAUACAGCCCAAGAUGAUUUGAGAGGUGAGCAAAGACGAGAAGGGAAAAAAGAUGGCACUUUCCUAUAUUUAAAGCAAGAGGUGCCUACCAGAUGGAACUCUACGUAUUACUGCUUGGAAAGGUUUAUUUUAUUAUCAGGCCAUAUUGGAAAAAUUUUACUUAUGACGACGCAUAAAAAAGCACCACCUAUGCUAACUGCAACUGAACUGUCAAUAAUUGAAGAGUGUCUUCAGUUACUCGCACCCUUUGAAUCAGCAACCAAAACUAUUUCUGGAGAAAAAUAUUUAUCUGGCAGUUUAGUAAUCCCACUUAUAAAUUGUUUAAAUUUGUCUUUGCAAAGAAUUAUUGUCUCUCACGACCUUUCGCAGAAACUCAAAGAGGAACUUAGUCAACAGAUCGAACGGAGACUCCGUCCUCAGGAAAAAAAUAUUUUGCUAGGUGUUGCAACAAUGUUGGAUCCAAGAUUUAAAAAGAUCCACUUCAACUCUCCUUUGAUGGUAUCCAAUAUUAUAAAUCGGUUGAAGACUGAAGUUCGAGAGAACGCUCGACGUACAGAGAUAGAAGACAGAGAUACUGAACCAGAUAAUGUUGGCACUGCCACUACCAGCAAAGAUAUAUGGGGUAUUCAUGAAGAAGCUGCUGCUAGUCUCUGGUCUGCAUCAGAUAUAGAUAACCCUGGAAUGAUCCCAAGCGAACUCAAAUUAUAUUUGGAACAGCCGACAAUCCCCAGAAAUAGUGAUCCACUGCGGUUUUGGGCCUCUAAUAAAAAUGCUUAUCCUGGAACUGCUAAAGUAGCUUUAAAGUACCUAACUACUUUGGGAGCCUCCGUCUCUUCAGAACGAGUUGUUUCGUGGCUAAACUAUGUCUGUAAUGACCUUCGAAGCCGUUUGACUCCAGAACACACUAACCAGUUGGUUUUUUUAGGUGCUCUAGAUAAUAAGUACUGGCAGAUUUAAGAAAGUUAUUACUUUGUUAUUAAAAUAAUAACCAAUUUAAUUGAGUGUUUAUGUUUUAUAUAUUUAUAAUUUUGUAGUGUUUUUCCUUCAC